GAUGAUAUCAUGAAUAGUGCAUCCUUCAGUGAGGAUCUAAGCAAAUAAGCAAUUAGUGAAACGGUGAGAUUUUGCUUGAAGCUGGUACCCAUUUCUUCCUUUCCUCUCGUUGUCUCGUGCGCCUCCCCGCUGCUGGUGCCCAUUCUCAGAAGCCAUUUUUGGCUUGGCACGAAUCCAAUCGUUGCCGGCAGUGGCUUUGGACUUUUCCGGCAACGUGGUGCUCCUGGCUUCUUGCUUCUCUCUUCGUGCUUCAUUUUGUCGGCCCCUGUGCGUUCUCAUCGUCUCGAUCCUAAUCUCGUGGCGGAAAGGGAGAAAUCUUUCUCCAACCUUAUCUUUCUCCUUAUAGCUGCCUAAAUCACUCUCUGUGUCGUCCAAACAAUGGAAAAGGGAAGUGAAGACAGUAAGGAAGGUUUGACUGAUAACGGUACUGCUUCGAAUUGGGCCCUCGAUCGCUGCGGCAACUUGCAAAUCGCCUCCGCCGACCAACAGCUCCGUGACUUUCUUCUUCACAUCAAAUCCUCCAAAACUCCCGCUGUUAUCAAUUAUGGUGCGUCUUGGUGUCGCGUGUGCAGUCAAAUCCUCCCUGCUUUCUGUAAAAUGAGCAAAAAUUUCCCGAAGCUUUCUUUCUUAUACGCAGAUAUUGAUGAAUGCCCAGAAACAACUCAAAACAUUCGAUACACCCCGACCUUCCAAUUCUUCCGAGAUGGUGAAAAGGUCGACGAGAUGUAUGGUGCUGGGGAAGAGAGGUUGCAUGAUCGCCUAUGGUUGCACUCCUAGAAAUGAAGAACGUCGUUUUACAACAUCUUUGCCUCUAUUAUUUAAACCGUGACUGGAAGAAGAAGCUAUUUCUGGAGAUUAUUGUCACAAAUCUUUCAUCUUCUGUCAAUAUAUGUAGCAUUUGUUCGCAAUUUCUUUCAUUCUGCGUCAUGUUAGUGGUGAAUUGGAAAGUCAUAAAUGACAUUACUAGAAUUACUCAAAA